AGUAAGUUGCAGAGUUAAACAUCAUGUUUAAUAUGGUGGAUUACCAAAGUAGUGGGUAUGAUGAAUAUGAUCGGAUGAUGUAUGAUCAAGAAGAAAAUCAUAUGAUGAGAAAACGAUUAAGAUGUAGUUCUCCUGAUACAGUUCUUCUCCCUAAAGAAAACAAAAUAAGUAAUGGAUAUAUAGGAGAUGGCGGUGAGGAAGAGGGUUAUCAGGAGUCUGCCCCAAAAAGAUUUAUAGCAAACAAUCAACACUGUGGUUCUCAUGAUCAACAUGGCGGUGGCGGUGAUCUGGGAGAGGAGGGUGGCGUUCCCGUGAACGAGCAAGAAAGAUUUAUACCAAAUCAUCAACAGAGUGGUUCUCAUGAUCAAGAUGGCGGUGGCGGUGGUCAGGAAGAGGACGGUGGCGGAAUUGGGAACGACCAACAAAGGGUCCUCCUGCCUGUGAAUCCAACUCUGCCCUCGGGCUUCUUCUUCUCACCUUCUGAUGUUCAACUCUUGAAAUUCUUAAAUCUGAAAAUUAAUGAUCCAGCGGGCUUCAAAUUCAAGUUUAUACCUGAUGUGGAUGUUUAUAAGUUUCACCCUGAAGAACUAUGUCGUGGAUCUGAGAAAUUGUUUUUCACCUUCCUAGAGAAGUAUGGAAAAGAUGGGAGAACUACUAGGUUAGUACCAGGGAUUGGGUGUUGGCAUUUGAGUGGUAAAACUUACCAGGUUGGAAAUGGGAAUGGGAAGAAAAGAGGGCUUUGCUUUCGUAUUGGGAUUUCAUCAGAUUAUAUCACCACAUCCUGGCAGUUGAAGGAAUACUAUUUUGAAGAUCCAAAUCAAUCAACCCUUUGGGUUCUCUGCAAAGUUUACCAUAAGAAUUUCACAAAGGAUGACACUGAAGAUCCAAAUAGUGAUUUAAUAUUUGACUCCUCCCAUUUGAUCUAGUGGGAGUCAAUUAGUUUGGGAUGGAGCUACUGUGUAGUUGUGUAAUUCAAUUUUGGGGAUUCUAAUUCAGUUUUCACUCUGGUGUGAAAAUACAGCUGGUCUUUUUAGUUCUGUAUGUAUGGUCAUUUGAGUUUCAGGUCAAUUUUUCUUGAUGUUUCUCUUGCAUGAGAAGGUUUAAAUUUUUUCAAUU